CUUCAAUUUCACCGCUUCCAACACACUUUCCCCUUUCUUCUUUUCUCCCAGAAGAAACAGAGCACACUCUGUUUCAUCAUCUUCCUGUAAGAAAUCACUUCUGUGGAUCUUCAUCGAGAGAGAGAGAGAGAGAGAGAGAGAGAGAGAGAGAGAGGAUGGAGAGAAAAUACUUGAAGAGAGAGGUGUUACCGAUCACGGCGCUGGUAAUAAUGGAAUGCGCGAAUGUGGGAUUAAACACUCUGUUCAAGGCAGCGACAUUGCAGGGCAUGGAUUUCCAUGUCUUCAUCGUUUACUCUUACGCUUUGGCCGCUCUUCUUCUCCUUCCCUCUAUUUUCUUCUCCUCCAGAUCAAGGGCGCUUCCUCCACUCAGAUUCUCAAUUCUCCGCAAGAUUUUACUUCUAGGGUUAAUUGGGUGUUGCUCAAACAUGAUGGGGUACACAGGGAUCAAUUAUAGCUCUCCGACGCUUGCUUCGGCCAUCAGCAACCUGACCCCUGCCUUUACCUUCUUGCUCGCCGUCCUUUUCAGGAUGGAGGAAGUCUCUUUCAAGAGAAGCAGCAGUGUGGCCAAGAUGUUGGGAACCGCGGUAUCGAUAACGGGAGCGUUUGUGGUGACUCUCUACAAGGGUCCCGUCGUAAUCGCUUUAUCGCCGCCCUCCAUUUCUCUUCGUCUAUCACGGCUGCAAUCGCCAAACGCAAACUGGACGCUCGGGGCCGCUUUCCUCACGGUCGAAUACUUUUUGGUCCCGUUAUGGUACAUUGUUCAGACGCAAAUCAUGAGAGAGUAUCCGGCCGAGUUAACGGUGGUAUGCCUCUACAGCUCGUGCGUUAGCCUCUUUACCGCGAUUGUCACAUUGUUCACCGAAGGGAACAACAACAGCUGGAGCAUGUGGAUGUUAAAACCCGACAUAGCGUUGGCAUCCAUCAUUUGCUCGGGAUUGUUCGGAUCAUGCAUAAAUAAUUCGAUCCACACGUGGGCGUUGCGGAUCAAAGGGCCGUUAUUCGUUGCCAUGUUCAAGCCGUUGUCGAUUGCCAUAGCCGUGGCAAUGGGCGUCAUCUUCCUCAGCGAUUCUCUCUAUCUCGGCAGCUUGGUCGGGGCAACGAUAAUAACGAUGGGGUUUUACACGGUGAUGUGGGGGAAGGCCAAAGAGGCAGAGAUGGCUGAAGGGUGCAACAACAACGAAGGCUGCUUAGAUUCUUCACAAAAGGUCCCUCUCUUGCGAAGUUGCAAGAGCGACGAUGAACAUGUCUGAGUACCGACCAUCAAUCAGACCGGAGAUAUCAAGAACACAGCAUGCGAGUUAACAAGAACGCGGUCAGGUUUUUUCACGACAUGUUCAUGAGCGGUCGAUCUUGACGUGAGAUUCUUGGACAAGAACUGUACGAAUACGUAUCCUUAAAAAUGUGAUGUAUGCUAUGAACGUGUUUACAAGUAACUCCGUAUCUGCGCAUCUCCGUAAUGCCGUAUAUAUUGUUUGGAA